AUGGCUUCUGUCGUUGAAACCAAUUCACCUCACCUUCGGGUAGGUGUGACAAAGAAGGCGCAAUCCACAAUUAAAACAGAAGCUCCCUCUGCCAGAAUUCCGCCUCCAGAUAAAUCAACAGUUGAAGACCAUUUCUACUGGACUUACACAGAGGAACCUCACCGAACCAGACGACAGGCAAUUAUCAAGGCUCACCCCGAGGUAACGAAGCUUUGUGGCCCGGAGCCGCUUACCAAAUAUGUCGUCUUCGGCGUGGUAUCCCUUCAAAUCACAUGCGCAUAUCUUCUCCGCAAUACCUCUAUCCUUGACUGGCGCUUCCUGCUUACAGCCUAUGUGAUUGGAGCCACUGCGAACCAGAACCUUUUCCUCGCUAUUCAUGAAAUCUCUCACAACCUGGCGUUCCGAUCUCCGUUCGCCAACCGUCUUUUGGCUAUCUUUGCAAACCUCCCUAUCGGAAUUCCAUAUAGUGCUGCGUUCAGACCUUACCACCUUACGCACCACAAAUCUCUCGGUGUGAAUGGUUUGGACACCGACCUCCCCACCGCAUUUGAAGGUUUCUUUCUCGAUUCCCUCCUGGGCAAAACCUUCUUCUGUACAUUCCAGAUCCUCUUCUACGCAUUCCGGCCGAUGUUCAUCUACAGCCCCUCCUUCACCUACAUUCAUCUGCUGAACGUGGUUAUCGAACUCAGCUUUGACUUCCUCCUCAUAAAGCUUACCGGCUCCCUCCAGCCAUUAUACUACCUCAUUGCCAGCUCCUUCUUUGCUGGCUCCCUGCACCCUUGCGCUGGCCACUUUAUCGCCGAGCACUACUUUUUCUCAAACUUGAAGAAUGGUGGCACCGAGUCUAUCGCCGAGCUGAAACAGGGUCCCGAGUACAAGUCCAAGCUUGAGACAUCUCACCCCCUCCAAGCCCUACCCCCGCCAGAGACUUACUCAUACUAUGGCCCCCUCAACUUCUUCACCUACAAUGUCGGAUUGCACAAUGAGCACCACGAUUUCCCGGCUGUUGCCUGGACUAAACUGUACAAGGUUCAUGAGAUUGCGAAGGAGUUUUACGAGCCCUUGCCUCAUCACCGGAGCUGGGUCUGGGUUAUCUGGACUUUCAUUUUGGAUAAGGAUGUUGGCAUGUGGUGCCGUGUCAAGCGCGCCCAGGGUGGUCGUAAGGUUGGUGGAGGAAAAGAGUCGAAGUCCAAGGCUUUCAACGGCCGUGCAGGAGAGACUAUGGCGGCGUCGGCAGGUCCGAUUGGCGAGGAAGACGGAUGGAAAGACAGCGAGCUUGAGUGCUAA